CUUGAGUGUUUUCAAAUUUUCUAUAAUGAGUACCAUAUUUUUAUGCAAAUAACACACACCUUCUACCUUUUUUUGCCAAUUGCACCCUCCUUCACCCACGAGGUAUUUUCAUAAGUGCCACUAUGCCAAUAUUUUUUACGUGUUGCUAAAAAAAAAAAGAACAAAAGGCAUAGUGCACUUAUGAAAAUGCCUUGGGUGGGGGGGACGAGAAGCGUGGUUGGCAAAUAAAUGCAGGUAUAUUAUUUGUAUGAAAAUAUGGUAGGCGUCAUUUUUAUAAUCCCGAAUUUUUUUUUUAAUGAAGGCACAAGAAUUUUUAAAGUUCUUUAUAAAUAGAAUUGAAUAAAGCCAAACAUCCUAAUACGUGAAGAACACAAAUACAUAAAGACGCCGUCCAGGUAGUUAACGGGCAAGUCUGUGCUUUGGGAGAAAGUUCAGCUGUGGAGCAAGUCUGAUGGGUACAAACGACAAGACCUGCACGGUUUCAAGUUCCAUACAUUAAACUGGCAGAAGAAAAAAAACAAGAGUUGAUAAGACCCCUAGGUGUCUCUGUCAUGAAGUUGUUCGUGCAUUUGGUACCAGGGAGGACUUUGCACAAGUUUGCCAGGUGUGAGUUUCGCUGGCAUUAAUCGGUCUUCAGGACAAGACCAGAACGGACUUGCUGUCUGUCCUACCCGGGUUGGAAACCUCCGGCCCCAGCGCCGGCUCCUCCCUCUGCGGUGGGGCCAGCCCUCAUUAACCAGGACAUGGAACACCCUCCGCCAGGGCUGGACACCUCCCGCCCCAGCGCCGGCUCCUCCUUCUGCGGUGGGGCCAGCCCUCAUUAGGUCAUGGAACACCCUCCGCCAGGGCUGGAAACCUCCCGCCCCAGCGCCGGCUCCUCCCUCUGCGGUGGGGCCAGCCUUUAAUAACCGCCGCACACAACACCCUACGCUCAGGAUCCCGCUGCGCAGCACCCAGCUUCUCAGCUCCGUGUCCGCGCUGACCAUGGCCACCUUCGUGGAGCUCAGCACCAAAGCCAAGGUGCCCAUCGUGGGCCUGGGCACCUGGAAGUCUUCCCCAGGCCAAGUCCAAGAGGCUGUGAAGGCAGCAAUUGAUGUGGGCUACCGCCACUUUGACUGCGCCAUCGUGUAUCUGAAUGAGAGCGAGGUGGGGAAGGCCAUCGAGGAGAAGCUCCAAGAGAAGGCUGUGGCACGCGAGGACCUCUUCAUCGUCAGCAAGCUGUGGCCCACCUUCUUCGAGAAGCCCCUGGUGAAGGAAGCCUGUCGGAAGACACUCAAGGAUCUGAAGCUGGACUACCUCGACAUCUACCUUGUUCACUGGCCACAGGGGCUGCAGCCUGGGAAGGAAAUUAUCCCCAAAGAUGAUAAAGGCAAUGUCCUCCCGAGUAAAACAACAUUCCUGGAUGCCUGGGAGGACAUGGAGGAGCUGGUGGACGAGGGACUGGUGAAAGCCCUUGGCGUCUCCAACUUCAACCACUUCCAGAUCGAGAGGCUCUUGAACAAACCUGGACUGAAACAUAAACCAGUGAUGAACCAGAUCGAGUGUCACCCAUACCUCACGCAGGAGAAGCUGAUCCAGUACUGCCAUUCCAAGGGCAUUGCGGUCACCGCCUACAGCCCCCUGGGCUCUCCAGACAGACCUUGGGCCAAGCCAGACGACCCUUCACUACUGGAGGACCCCAAGAUUAAGGAGAUUGCUGCGAAGCACAACAAAACCCCAGCCCAGGUUCUGAUCCGGUUCCAUGUUCAGAGGAACCUGGUUGUGAUCCCCAAGGCUGUGACCCCAACACACAUUGCUGAGAACUUUCAGGUCUUUGACUUCCAAUUGAGUGAUGAGGAGAUGGCAGUCAUACUCAGCUUCAACAGGAACUGGAGGGCCUGCGUCAUGGAGCAAGUCGUCCAUUUGGAGGAUUAUCCUUUCGCUGCAGAAUAUUGAAGUUGGACCUCCAGGUUCCUGAUGAGAUUAUCCAGCGGAUUCUCUCAUUUCACUUUCUUGAAGUGUAACUCACUUCACCCCAGCCCUUCUUUGUUGUUGUUGUCGUCAUCAGUUGCCGUCCAGUCGACUCCAACUCACGGCGACCUCAUGUGUGCAGAGUAGAACUGCCCCAUAGGGUUUGCAAGGCUGUGACCUUUUGAAAGCAGAUUGCUAGGCCUUAGUUCCAAGAUGCCUCUGGGUGGGUUUGAACAGCCAACCUUUUGGCUAGUAGUUGAGUGUUUAACCUACUUUAGCUGGCCUUAUCUACCCUGUGGAUCACUACAGUCUGACCCAAAACCCAUCAAGGGCAUGAUGCAGGACUGGGCAGCAUUUUGUUCCAUUGUGCAUGGGUUGCCAUGAGUUGGGAGCUGACUUGAUGAGACACCCUGAUGAAGUCAGGACAGCUGAUUCCCACCACUUGGAAAAAACUCAAUGAUCCUGUGUUACUUGAUGUUGGCAUGUGCUAAGAUGUACAAAAGAUAGCAUUUAUUCUAAGAAAAACAAGUAAUUGUGUAAGCGUGCUGGAUAAGGUUGAAAACUAGCUGAGAAAUGAAUCCUCUGUUCUGUCUGAUUGUAGUUUGUAUAAUUUUCAUAUUAUUACAUUCAGUAAGAGAUUAUUGAAUGAAGCUUUAAAUUUUUUUUUUUUUUAAUCCAGGUGGAAAUGACCAAACCAAACAACCCAUUGCCAUUGAGUUGAUUCUGACUCACAGUGACCCUAUAGGACAGAAUAGACCUGCCUCAUAGGGUUUACAAGGCUACAAAUCUUUACAGAAGCAGAAUGCCACAUCUUUCUCCCUCGGAGUGGUUAGUAGGUUCAAAUCGCCGACCUUUUGGUUAGCAGCCGAGUGCUGAAACCACUGUGCCACCAGGGCUUCUUGGAAAUGAACAGUUGGGCCUUUUAAAACUACUUUAAUGAAAUGUUUCCUUGGGAAUUAUAUUUUAAGGUAGCAGAAGCCAUCAUCACUAAAAUUAUACCAUGGCAAAACUCUGCUAUUAUAUCUCUAGUUAGAGGAAAGCAAGAGGUCAGCAUUCUUUAUUGAGCUGCGUUGCAAUAUUGAGUCGAUACAUGAAUUAGAAAUCUGGGAACACAAAAUGCCAGAAAACAAAUCAACAUCUCCGAACUCCAGAAACUACCACAAAAGUUGACAGCAGCCAAGAGUGGAAAUAAUUUAAAUAUCAAUCAACAGACGACUGGAUUAAAAAAAAAAAGGGGGGGGGGUAAUAUACAUCCAAUGGAAUAUUAAAAAAUAACCCAUUGUCGUUGAGCCGGUUCUGACUCAUAGCGACCCUAUAGGACAGAGUAGAACAGGGUUUCCAAGGAACGCCUGGUGGAUUCGAACUGCCAGACUUUUGGUUAGCAGCCGUAGCUAUUAACCACUACGCCACCAACGUUUCCAAUGGAAUAUUACUCAGUUGUAAAGAGAAAUGAAGUCCUGAUAUAUGGCACAACACAGGUGAACCUUGAAAACAUUAUGCUGAGUGAGAUAAGUCAGUCACAAAGGGACAUUGUAUGCUCCCACUUGGAUGAAAUAGGCAAAUUUGUAGUGAUCAUAGGUUAUUAGUGGUUACCAGCUGUGGGAGGAAGGGGAAAAGUGGGAGUCGUUGCUUAUGGGGCACUGAGAUUAUUGAUGACAGAAAAUUUGGAAAUGUAUAGGGGUGAUGGUUGCACAACACGAUGAAUAAAUGUCAUUGAAUUAUACAUGUAAAAAUUGUUGAAUUGGCAAAUGUUCUGUUAUACAUAUUUUUACUAUACCUAACAGAAUUUACAACAGGUCAGCGGUUCGAAUCCACCAGCCGCUCCUUGGAAACUCUAUGGGGCAGUUCUACUCUGUCCUAUAGGAUCACUAGGAGUUGGAAGUGACUCGAUGGCACCUAACAACUACAACAACAGAGUUUAUGAAGAGUUGCUUCAAUAUCAUCAUCUUGUCACGUAUCAAGUACCCUUAUGUGUUGAGCAAUCAAUCUCUUACUAUAUACAUUCUAUCUGGAUUCCAAUGCAAUCACCAGUGCCUUGCACAUAGUACGUAUCCUGAAAACAAAUGGUAUAUGUUAAAUCAGUAUUUCAACUAUAAAAGACACUACCUUUGGGGAAACGGUACUAUCCAUCGUGAGAGGGAGGGUGUAUGAAAACAAUUGGGAAUGAGAAGGAGGAUGGAGGAACAUCUGGUAUUUUUUUCUUAAGAAUUUAUAAUUUCAACCUUUUUCAUAUAUAUAUAUAUUUUGGUCAGCCAUCUGGACCAGAAUAAUUUUCAAUGUUAGAAAAAUUACCCAUAAUAUGAAGCAUUUCCAAAAUACAAAAAAUGUUUUUCUUCUUUAUAGCGAAACCCAGACUCAGUCUGAAAGGCAAGCCUUACCAUGUCACCAUCUUUACU